AUGGCGGACAAAUUUAAAGACAUUGCCCGUUUCACCAAAGCCUCUUUGGUUCCGCACUGGCGCAUGUUCGUCAUUAUCCUCGCUCCUUUGUUACCAAUUGGACUCUUGUCUGAUCAUUACGACGAACCGGCUGCGAGAUGUGCGUGGGGAGUAAUAAUAAUGAGUGUUUACUGGAUGACGGAAGCCGUGCCUCUUGUCAUCACUGGGAUGUUGCCUGUUCUCUUAUUUCCGGUAUUGGGGUUAAUCGACACAGACACAGUGUCGAAACUGUACUUGACCAAGUCAAACAUGCUGCGAAUGACUGGUCUCAUGGUUGCUGUGGCGAUUGAAAACGUUGGCCUCCACAAGAGAAUUGCUUUGCGGAUCCUGUUGCUAACCGGAACUUCACCUCGGAGGAUUAUGCUCGGAUUUAUGCUGGCUACGGUGCUGAUCUCAAUGUGGAUCUCAAACGCAGCAGCAUCAGCAAUGAUGGUUCCCAUAGUUCAAGCCGUUUUGGAGGAAAUCUACGAAAAACACGUUGAAGUCAGUUGA